AUGUCGGAAGAAAGGCACGUCAUCGACCUCGGCGGGAGCGACUCCGAGGAUGAGGACCUUCGCAUCGCCAUCGCUCUCUCCCUCGGCCAGGACCCAGGUUCGCGACGUACCAAUACUCCAAGGAAACACGAGACCAUCGACCUGACCCUUGAUGAUGAGUCACCAGCCGCCGGGGACACUGCUGGACCAAGUCGACCUGGUGGUGAGGAUACCCAGGACCGGGACCAGCCUGUCCCCGCAGUCAUGACGACCUCGACUUCUGCCUCACAGCAAUCUGAUACUCCUACGGCCUCUCAGGCGUUAGCAACGGGCCUCUCGGCGCUCGGGUUGGACAGGAAGAAGAUGGAGGAGGAAAGACUUGCUCGACUUGCCCAGAGGAAGAGAAAGGCAUCACUUGAGGCGCCGGCUCCGUAUUCCAGUUUGGACACCCGGUCGACUCAGAUUCCGAGAAUGUUGGGUGACGAGGGGAUUUUUUCCCACAGCAAGGGUCGAGGGGAUAAGAACGAUACUGGCUCUUUAUCUCCAGCAGUCAAGGCCAGUUCAAGAGGGAUGGAUAGCUCAGGGGGCAGUCAUGUGAGCACAUGGGGGUUAGCAAAUGCAGUCGAAAAAUCAGUCAGUGACAGCACUCACAGUAAUUCCAACCGUAUCCUUCCACCCAGGUCAUCUCCGACCAGCCAUCAAGUUCAAACCCUCCCAUAUCCCCGCGGCGUCAUCAAGAAGACUUGGAUCUACCCAAGCUACCCGCGGGCUGGCGACGAUGUCAAGAUUGAAGAAGUCCUUCAGAAGGAUAUUCUCGAGCUGGCCGUUAUCAGCUCGUUUCAGUGGGAUGAGGAUUGGAUGCUGUCCAAGAUUGAUAUCUCAAGGACUAAGCUGUAUCUGAUUGCUUAUGCGAAGAGUGAGGCGCAGAACGAGAUGAGGAAUAAUGUCCCAAAGAGCAGGAUCCGGUUUUGUUUUCCGGCCAUGCAGGCUGUGGGUGCGAUGCAUUCGAAGCUGAUGCUGCUCAAGUAUGAGGGUUAUUUGAGGGUUGUGGUUCCGACGGGGAAUUUCAUGUCGUAUGACUGGGGGGAGACGGGGACGAUGGAGAAUGUAAGAGUUGAUGUGAUUGUGUGUUUUGGGGUCAUGGUCUUCCUUAUUGACCUCCCCAAGUUCAAGAACACGGAGGAGAGAGACGCGGUUCAGGGGGGCGGGCUCGGCUCCUUUGGCGAGGAUCUGGUGUAUUUUCUGAUGGCUCAGGGGGUUGAUCCGUUGUUGAUCAAUAGCUUGCGGAGCUAUGACUUUUCGGAGACGAGGAGAUAUGGCUUUGUUCAUACCAUGUGA